UUAUCGCUUAUCAUCUGCGCCUCCCCAUCUCUCCCCUGCUCCUCCACCUCCUUGUGAUCCAUCCAAACCAGGGGUAGCCAUGUCGGACUCCGAGGAGCACCACUUCGAGUCGAAGGCCGACGCUGGGGCGUCCAAGACCUACCCGCAGCAGGCCGGUACCAUCCGCAAGAACGGAUUCAUCGUCAUCAAGGGCCGCCCCUGCAAGGUGGUGGAGGUUUCUACCUCAAAGACUGGUAAGCACGGUCAUGCUAAAUGCCACUUUGUUGCCAUCGACAUAUUCAAUGGGAAAAAGCUUGAAGAUAUUGUCCCAUCUUCCCAUAAUUGUGAUGUAAGUUAAAUAUCUCUGCCUGUAUAACUAUGCCCUUUUGGUGAUUCACUUAGAAAUUCACUCACUGUUUCAACUCUUCAGGUGCCACAUGUGAACCGCACUGAGUAUCAGCUGAUUGACAUAUCUGAGGAUGGAUUUGUGAGCCUUCUUACUUCUGAUGGCAACACCAAGGAUGAUCUUAGACUUCCAACUGAUGAGACUCUCCUGGGCCAGAUCAAGGAAGGAUUUGACAGCGGGAAGGACCUUGUGGUGACUGUCCAGUCUGCAAUGGGGGAGGAGCAGAUCUGCGCGCUGAAGGAUGUCGGCCCCAAGUAGCUUCCCAAAGAAGGCCGAUCUUGGAACAGAGGGAGCAACUGUAUCUCAAAACUUAAAUCGAAAAAGGCGUGUAUCGCAACAAAGGAUUGGUACCGAGACAUUCACCCUAGCUUGAGCUGGCUUUUGCUGUAGUAAACUCAAGUGCAGUGAUUGCUGGGUGUGGCAUCGUAUCUGACUAUCUUUAUCUGUGGUUACAUUUGGGAUCCUUUAUUUUCUAUGGUUUUAUGCCCUCUGCGUAGUAUCAAUAAUGAAUUGGUUUGGAACGGUUAAAGUUGCAUUUGCUUGGAUUUCCCCCCGUGAGCGUGGCGUUGCUAUAUUCAUGUGUUUCUGGUGUUUUGGCGUCCAGAACCAGAUGCCAACAGUUUCACGGAUGUGGUGGUUAUCUUCCCGGUGCUGGUCGACCACUGGAUUGGAUGAUGUAUUCUACUUACCCAGUCACAUUUGUCACCUUGUACAAUUUCACAUUUGCAUAUAACAAAAAGGGGUUUCAAGAUAUUUGUACUUUCAAUUUAGCUAUGUUAGCUCGACAAGGUUGGCGGCACGUUCAAAAUAAGGAGUCUGUGUUGUGGCGGCACGUUCAAAAUAAGGAGUCUGUGCUGUAGGAUUUUGGGAGCAAAGGCUGUUGCUAAGCCGGGCAUGUCAUAUUCAUGGAGAAGUAUACUGAAAGGUGUGCAAGUUUUGAAAAAAAGGCAUCAUUUGGAGGGUUGGAAAUGGUGCAAAUAUCAAGAUUUGGAAGGAUCCCUCGAUACCAAAGGAGUGGACCAGAUUGCCACCUUGGCCAAGAGGGAUGAACCUGCAACAAACAAUAGAUGAAUUGGUUGAUCCAGGUUUGGGAACUUGGGAUGAACAGCUGGUUAGACAGACGUUCUGUCAGGAAGACGCUGAAAUCAUUUUGACUAUACCAGUUCACACUGAGAUGGAUGAAUGCAUGGCAUGGCACUAUGACAAAAGGGGGGAUUUUUUCGGUCAAAUCGGCAUAUAAGGUGCAAAUGGAGGACAAUAGAAGGAGAUCAGUGAGAGGAGUUCAGGGGACAUCUGCUGGGAGUUCAUUGCAGAAGGAGCAUUGGGCUGGCAUCUGGGCUAUGAAUUGUCCAGGAAAAAUUAAGCACUUCAUUUGGCGUUUGGCUCACAAUAGCUUGGCGGUGAGAAUGAAUUUAGAGAGAAGAGGUAUGGAACUGGACACUAGAUGUGUUAUGUGUAAUCGGCUUAAUGAGGACAGUGCUCAUUUGUUGUUUAAGUGUAAAUUUGCAAAGCAUCUUUGUUGGGAGCUGGGUUUGGAGGAAAAGCGACAGCACCUGAGUGAAUUACAAAAUGCUGAAGAGACCAUUAAAGUACUUCUGAAGAUGGAGAAGAGAGACCAAAUAUACGUCUGUGUGACCCUCUAUCAGUGGUGGAGGGAAAGAAAUAAUGUCAGAGAAGGGGAGAGGAGGAAAAGUCCAGCUGAAGUAGCUUUCAUUAUUCAGGCACAGGCAGAGGAGUUUCUGAAAAAUCCUGAACUUCCUGUUCAUGCUAGCAGGGAGGGGGUGGAACAUUGGAAGAGGCCAGCUGAGGAUGUGCUCAAAAUAAAUUCGGAUGGGUCUUUUAAUCCGAAUACAGGAGCUGGAGGGUGGGGAGCUGUUAUUAGGAAUUCGAUGGGGCAAGUUGUAAAGGCAGGAGCUGGGCACAUACACCAUGCUCUUGAUGCUUUCCAUACUGAAGUGAUUGCAGCGUUAGAAGGAGUUAAGAUGGCUGAGAUGGCUGGUAUGACAAAUGUAGUUCUAGAGACAGAUGCCAUCCUUCUCAAAUAUGCUUUGGUGAACAAUAGUUUCAGGCUGUCUUCGGUGGGUGGCCUCAUUCACGAGAUCAAAGCAAUAGCGGACGCAUGCUUUAGCUCUUUUUCAUGUUGUCACUGUAAUAGAGGUUGUAAUCAGGUAGCUCAUGCUUUCGCUGAUAUUGGUUGUAAUGGCCCUCGGGGUACUAUCCAGUACUGGGAGUCUCCACCGAUUGGCGUUGAUGUUCUGAUGGCUAGCGAUUGUGCUGUGUCCACGGUUUAAUGGAAUGAAACUAUUCCACUUCAAAAAAAAAAGGGUGCGACAACAUU